UGAACUUCAGUCAGUUCGGUUCACAUGCGCGCGCUCGUUGCUACGGACGCCUGGCUCGUGGGCUCGUGCCUAACGCACGACAGGAACGAGGGGGAACUACUUCCGGGCCAAGAAAGCAGCCGGGUAUCCACGUGAAUUAUCAAAGGUUACAAAACGGAUUCCGAUGAGGAUGUGAUCUUUGUUUCUGCAAAGUGUGCACCUAAAUCCAAUGAGCUCACCCUUGACCAGGCGAAGCGACUGGCCCUGCAAAGAGACAUUGAUCAGCAGUCCCAGGUCAAGCAGGUCGCCCAACCCUUGGCAAGUCAGAGGUCUGUUGCUGUGGAGAGGCCAGUGGAAAGAGUGAAAAUGAAGAUGGAGGGAGAGAAAAGUGAGAAGGUAAAGAAGAAGAAAGUCAAGAACGGACAAGCCUCUCUGCCUGAAAACAAAAACUGUACUGUUGAUGAUGGGAGCCUAGCAGAGGUGAAAAAAGAAAAGAAAAAGGGUAAAAAGGUUGAUACAAUUAUUAUAGAAGAGGAGUCUUGGGGUGGAGGUGAUGAAAAGGAAGAGAAAAACAAAAAGAAGAAGAGGAAAAUUGUCACUGAAUCUCUGAAUGAUGCCAAUGGUUCUGAUGUCAAGAAUGAAAAUGACGAAGAGGUCAGCAAAAAGAAGAAGAAGAAGAAGCAGCUGGCUGACGAUGAGAGUCAAGUGGAAUCUGCACAGAGUUCAGUAAAAGAAGAAGAAGUGGAAAAGAAAGAGAGGAAGAAAAUAAAAAACAAGUCUGUACAAAUGAAACCAGAAAAUGUAAAGAUAGUAAAAGAGGAGCAGGAAGAACAGCAAGCUGGAAAGGAUAGACUGCCAAAGAAAGCCAAGAAGGGGAAAAAAAACAAUUUAGUUGUAAGCUCAGAGGAGACUGAUGAGCAAGUUAGGGAAAAGAAGAUGAAGAAAAAGACUGAAGAGAAAAUAUCUGAAGGUAUGGAUGGAAUAAGUGUAACAAAAAAGAAAAAUAAAGCUAAAACAAAAGUGGCUGAGAAUAAAAUGACAGUAGAAACACCAGAAGGAGAGACUGGUGAGGUUGAAGAGGUAAAAGUGAAAAAGAAGAAAAAGAAAAAAGCCAAAACAAUAGAAGAUGAGGUAGAAACACCUCAAAUCAAAGGCAACAACAAAAGGAGCAAAGUGGAAAAAGACGAAAUGCUCAAUAAGAAGAAAGACAAAUCCACAAAGAGUGAAAUUGUUAUCAUAGAGGAUGGGAUGACAGAGCUAAAGAAAAAAGGAAAAAAAGAAAAGGGUAGAAAAGCUUCUGGGGAGGUCAGUGAAGUAGAGGACACAGAGCCGAAGAAAAGGAAAAAGGGAAACUCUAAGGGAGAGGAGGAAGAGCCGUUAAUACUCAAAUGUGAAGAAGUUGAGGAGCAGAGUAGGGAAACUCUUGUCACACUAGCUGGGGACACCAACAGCAAGAAAAGAAAAACGAAGAAGACCUCCAUUAAGGUGGAAACACAGGUGGAGGAUGUGAGUUUUGAAACUGGUGCAAAAAGAAGAAGAAGAAGAAGAAGAAGAUUAAAGAAGAGGUGGAAGAUCAACAUGAGUCACCCCAAAUGGACGUGGUCUUCUUGUCAGAGAAAACUGGAAACGCUGAUGAGGUCACCAUCAACCAGAAAAGAAGACAGGCUUUACAAAUGGAGAUUGACAAGGCCUCUCAACCUCAAAAACCAGUCAAACCUGCGGGUUUCGGCCAGUGGAGCACCGCCCAGUUCGACAGCUCUGACCAGCAGCAGAAGUUCCUCCGGCUGAUGGGCGGCUUCAAAAAGGGUUUCCAGCCGGCUGCGGGGAGCACUGGAGGAGCAAAUAUGGCACUGGGGAAGGAUGCGCAGCAGCAGUUGCAGCAAGGGCUUCUGGGAGAGUUUGAACGUGCUCACUCGCGCAGAGUGGACUUCAGUAACAGGGGGGCAGGACUUGGGUUUGCUGCACCAUCCAAUAAGAAGUUCUCUAUUGACAUCAAUACAUGUCGAUCGGUUCGCUUUAAUGAUUGAUCUAAGCGUGUGUGUAGAUGUAAUCUUUGAGAUGUGUGUAUGUCUGUACAAAAGUUUUUUUGUAUUUGUAGUUUUAACUGUAGAUUUGCACACUGAACUGUUCAGGUUCACUGGAAAAUCCACAUCUCAACAGACUAUUAUUAGAACAACACAGAAUGCUAUUUGUACAUACUGUAUAUUAAACAUCCUCCUGCUUGAGGGACUGGACUGAG